CCCACCAGAAACUGCUCCACACAACGGACUGCGUGCCCCUGUCCCUCCCCCUAGAGGUCACAUGCCUAGAGAGCUUUGGGUCUUAGCAGAAAGGCAGAAAGGCGGGGGGGUGGGGGGUGGGGGGGGACAUCAGACUGCAAAAAGCUCAAACUCAGAGGCUGUAAGCCUGGGGAAGGGAGGACCCUCAGACCACGGAUGAGGGAGCUGGAGCCUGGCUAGAGUGGGACCUGGGCUGGCUUCCAACAGAGAAAGCAGGAUGGAAACCCAGUGCGGCCACAGGGGCAGAGGAAGAGGACUCCUGGAACCUGGAGAGUUGUCCCUGAGCAUUCAUUUUAAAGGUGCACCCCUCCCAAUCCAGCCCCAGAAUGGCACUGCCUCCCAGCCCCCUGGCUAUGGAAUAUGUCAAUGACUUUGACCUGAUGAAGUUUGAGGUAAAGCGGGAACCCUCUGAGGGGCGAUCUGGCCCCCCAACAGCCUCACUGGGCUCCACACCCUACAGCUCAGUGCCUCCUUCACCCACCUUCAGUGAGCCAGGCAUGGUGGGGGCUACCGAGGGCCCCAGGCCAGGCCUGGAGGAGCUGUACUGGCUGGCCACGCUGCAGCAGCAGCUGGGAGCUGGGGAGGCACUGGGGCUGAGUCCUGAGGAGGCUGUGGAGCUGCUGCAGGGUCAGGGUCCAGUCCCUAUUGAGGGGCCCCACAGCUACUAUCCAGGGAGCCCGGAGGAGACAGGAGCCCAGCAUGCCCAGCUGGCCGAGCGGUUUUCCGACGCGGCGCUGGUGUCGAUGUCUGUGCGGGAGCUCAACCGGCAGCUGCGGGGCUGCGGGCGCGACGAGGCGCUGCGGCUGAAGCAGAGGCGCCGCACGCUGAAGAACCGCGGUUACGCGCAGGCCUGUCGCUCCAAGCGGCUGCAGCAGCGGCGCGGGCUAGAGGCCGAGCGCGCCCGCCUGGCCGCGCAGCUGGACGCGCUGCGGGCCGAAGUGGCCCGCCUGGCCAGGGAGCGCGACCUCUACAAGGCUCGCUGUGACCGGCUGACCUCGAGCGGCCCCGGGGCCGGGGACCACGCCCACUUCUUCCUCUGAGCGGCUAGGGGCCACCGAGGGGUGUCCUGGGGGGGAUGGAGGGGCACCACGCAGAAGGCCACUGUACCGUUCACUAGAUGGUUACUGAGCGCCUUCUGGUGCCAGACACUCCGUGGUAUGACUAUACAUAAAUAUCCCCGAACUUCCGGGACCCUCAAGGCAUGCUCCGAGGUUAGAUGCUGGUCAUUUUCUGGGAGAGAGGUCUUCUCUCCUCACGCAGGCAGCACACAGAACCCUCCACUUCCUGUUCCACCCCACAUGACCAGGACACCGAGAUCUGGAGGAGCCAGUGCCGGGCACUGUGGGGGAGGGGGGGAGGGCGGGGAGGCGUGGAUGAUGGCUGGGUGACAGCGAAUGGGAGGCGAGGGAGAGGUGUGACUCCCCCUCAGUUUAGAUUUUAAUUCAAGGUUUUCAACCUGUAGUGCAUUAAGGCGGUAAUUAGCAAUGAAGCUGUCUUUUCGUUCCGAGGCUUGGAAACUCCCCAUUUUAGGACUACUGCAUUUUCAAGAUCUCAGUUACCAACAGCAAGACAGACUAGGAACUCUAUCCAAGAGGCUUUCCUCCCACCCAACCCGGUGGCCUCCAGGGCCCAGAGCAGCAAAGGCCUGAGGAGCUCUGGGAGUGGUUGGUGUGGGCUGGGAGAGAACUCUGGGCAGGAGUCUGGGGACCUGGGUGCUAGUCCCAGCUCUGCCACUGGAUACCUCUGUCACCUUGAGAAAACCACUUGCUCCCUGGGUUUUGGUUACCUCCUCUAAUCCUGGGUUGGAGACUUCUGACACCUUUCCAGUUCUGGCAUCUCCUUGGUGUGGGAGCCCCAAGAGCCUCCCCAAGAAGCCCCCAGGACGACCUCACCGAAGGGACUACCUGUCCUGCUCCUGCUUCCUGAUUGAAGCCUCUGCAUCGGAUGAGCCCCCGUACUGGUCCUCUGCUGCUCCCUCCAGGCUGCCUUGGCCUCCAGACCUGCAUAGGGUACCCUUGCUACCUCCUGCCUUGCUGAGGGCUGGGGUGAGAUUUUACCCAGUAUGACAAGAUGCUGAAAGAAUGCAGAUUUUGUGAAUUAAACUUGAAGUUCAGGCAGAA